AUGAGCGGACAGGAGAAGCAGAAUGGCGGUGCCGUGGGAGAAGCGAUUAAUACUGAUAUCAUCACCCUGACGCGGUUUUUGACCGAAGAGCAGACGAAGCACAAGGAGGCGACGGGAGACUUCACAUUACUCUGCCACGCCCUGCAGUUCGCAUUUAAGAGCAUAUCAUACUACAUCCGACGCUCCACCUUGAUCAACCUCACCGGUCUCGCUGGUGCCUCCAACGCCACUGGCGACGACCAGAAGAAGCUCGACGUAAUUGGCAAUGACCUGUUCAUCUCUGCAAUGCGCUCAUGCGGUCGCGUGCGCCUCCUCGUCUCGGAAGAAGAGGAAGAAUGCAUCACCUUCGACGAGUUCCCCACCGCCCGCUACGCCGUCGCGUGCGACCCCAUCGACGGAUCCUCUAACCUCGACGCCGGCGUCUCCGUCGGCACCAUCUUCUCCGUUUACAAGCUCGAGGAGGGCUCAAAAGGCACGAAAGAGGACCUCCUCCUCCCCGGCACCGAGAUGGUCGCCUCAGGCUUUACCAUGUACGGCGCCUCCGCGCAGCUCGUCAUUACCAUGAAGGGCGGCGGCGUCAAUGGCUUCACGCUCGACAACAACUUCGGCGAGUUCAUCCUCACACACCCGAACAUGCGGAUUCCUAAGAAGCGCGCUAUUUACUCCGUCAACGAGGGUAAUUCGCUGUACUGGGAGGAGCCGGUAAAGGAGUACAUCAAUGGGCUCAAGUUCCCGACUGAGGAGGGCGGAAAGCCGUACAGCGCGAGGUACAUCGGGUCCAUGGUGGCUGAUGCGUACCGAACGCUGCUUUACGGCGGUAUCUUCGCAUACCCCUCGGAUAAGAAGUCGCCCAAGGGAAAGCUAAGAAUUCUGUACGAGUGCGCACCCAUGGCUAUGGUUUUCGAGAAUGCCGGUGGUCUCGCAGUCAACAGCAAGAUGGAGCGCAUGAUGGAGGUUAUCCCAGAGCACAUCCACGACCGGAGCGGUAUUUUCAUGGGCAGCGAGCAGGAGGUCCAGCGCGUCAUUGACGUGCACCAGAAGCACCAGAAGCAGAAGUAG